GCAUCGCCAGGGUGCUGCGUUCUUGCUUACUCUCCCCUCCCAAGGCACCGUCAAUACAUUAAUCCCUCGUCUGCACUCCCUUUUUCCCUCUCUUGCCUCCCCAUCGACUGCCAAAUUUCUUCGUUUCCCGCCUUAUCAGUCCGGCGAUGCUAGGCUUGUCCUGCAUCUAUAUGCCGCAAAGCUACUCCCACAGCAACUGAUUUUUUUCCCACCCAGCUCAUUGCCCAUCCUUUGGCACAGCUCAAUUCCGCCAGUCUCGUGCAGAUUGGUCGUCAACUUCACGCGCAUGUGUUAUCAAAGCUCGUGCUGCUACCUCCUCUUCUCCGUUCGCCCAUCAUGGCGAUAGAAUGUCACGGGCCCAUCUGGGCUAUUGAUGAUCUUUCCCGUUGCUUUCAACGCAACUAUCUACAAGUUACAUUUCCGCUCGUGGCCUGCGGGGUGUCAUUGCUCUUCAUCCUCCUCCGCGUCGCAUACGGGUUUACGACUGCUCGAAAGGGGGUCUCCUACAAGAUUCUGGAAAACAAUGCAUCCGACGAGGACACCCAAGUCGCAUCUCUGGAUGAACAGGGGGAGGAAACCGACCCAAUGCUGAACAAAGCCGCGCAGUCCGAAUUGCCGCAUUUCGAAGUCGAUCGCCCGAAGUGUGAAAUCACCAUCUUGAUGCUCGAGAUCAUCGCCCUCGUGGGAGAGGUGGGCAUAUUCGUUGCAAUCCUCUACACAGAUGCUUGGGGACGCCAGGGUACUCUUCCCGCCAUCGCCAAGUUAGUCUCCUGGAGUUACAUCUUGUUCUUGGGAUUGGUACGGCUGCUUCUUUCGACAUUGGAUCUGCACUCGUCCCCUAGACUAUGGAACCAUACCGCCUUUUUGUACGGACUGCAAUGGCUGUUCACGAUCCUCGUUUUCCGGUCUGCGGUUAUCCAUCCCUUGUCAAAACGCGCCAUGAUCUUCAGCUCGGUCGAGUUUUCCCUGUCUAGCUUUUUGUUGCUGGUUGCGAUUACAACCCGGAGAGGGAACAAAGCGGUCCUGGUCUCGCAUGAUGAUAACUUGGAACCUGCGAAACACCCACUCGCUAGUUUACUCUCUCUAGCCACCUUCUCUUGGCUGGACCCUCUUAUCAUGAAGGGUUACAGACAGCCAUUGGAACUCGAGGAUGUCUGGGAUCUGACCGCGUCUGAGAAAGCUGCCACAGUUUUGGAAGAUUUCCGCCGGAGACACUACCAAGGUUCGUUGGUGUGGAAGCUAUGCCGGCACUUCUACCCCACCCUUCUUUGGCAGGGUGCAUGGACUAUUUUUUCAAAUCUUUUCACAUACCUACCCACCAUCCUUCUCAGGGCAAUUUUGCAGUACGUUGAGGAUCCGAGGUCCUCCACCGCAAAUGCCGCCUGGCUCUAUGCCAUCUUGCUGUUUUGCUCUGGAGCCAUCCAAGGUGUUGCCGACGGGCAAGCUCUCUGGAUCGGACGUAAGCUGGGAGUAAAACUCCGGGCUAUCAUCAUUGGCGAAAUUUACGCAAAGGCGCUCCGGAGAAAGGCCGGGUCAGCUGUAGAAUCUGCCAAGAAACAGACGGAAGAACCGGCCAAGGACAAGAAAAAGGUAUUCUUCUCCUUCGGCAAAAAGAAGAAGGCUGCGAAUGACGCCGAAUCAAACACUGCGAAUAAAAAGGAUUCCGGGGCAGAGGAUGCCGAGCAUACGGCUAACGUUGGUACUAUCAUUAACCUUAUGGCCAUCGACUCCUUCAAGGUCAGCGAAGUCGGCGCCUAUCUGCACUUUUUGUGGGCUAGCGUGCCUGUCCAGAUCAUUAUCGCUGUUACACUCCUGUACCGGCUUCUGGGAUUCAGCUCGUUUGCUGGAAUCGUCAUCAUGGUUUUUAUGAUGCCUAUCAACCUUCUCAUCGCCAAACAGUUCACGAAGGUGCAAAACCGGAUUCUUAAAGGAACUGACGCUCGCAUCCACAGCACGAAUGAAAUCUUGCAGAACAUUAGGAUUAUCAAAUACUUCGCCUGGGAGCAGCGGUUCCAAGACAUUGUUAAUGAGAAGCGAAAGGCGGAGUUGAAAGCAUUGCGCUUCCGCUACAUCAUCUGGUCCACGGCGGCGACUGUUUGGUAUGGCACGCCCAUCUUCAUUACCUUCGCUUCAUUCUUCUUGUACACGGUGGUGGAAAAGAAGAGGUUGACCCCGUCCAUCGCUUUCCCGGCCUUGUCGAUGUUCUCUUUGCUCCGCGUUCCUCUCGACCAGCUGGCCGACAUGGUAGCGCACGUCCAAGAGUCCAAGGUCUCUCUUGAUCGUGUGGAUAAGUAUUUGAAUGAAGACGAGACGGAGAAAUACCAGCAGCUUGCGGAUGAAAACGCCACCGAAGAGCCGCCGAAGAUUGCGCUGGAGAAGGCUACGCUCACCUGGGGAUCUUCUCAAGCACGGUAUAAAGAUGAUCCAUCGGAGGAUGCCACGGAAGGUUUCCGUCUGAUCAACAUGGACGUGAAUUUCCAGAUUGGCAAGCUCAACAUCAUCACUGGUCCAACUGGCUCUGGAAAGACGUCGCUUCUGAUGGCACUUUUGGGAGAAAUGAACCUUCUGCGGGGCAAGGUCUACCUGCCCGGUGGGACGGCCAACCGGACAGAACUGCCGGUUGAUCCUCAGACAGGGCUUAUCGAAAGUGUUGCGUACUGCGCACAGGAAGCAUGGCUCGUCAACGCAACUGUCAAGGAAAAUAUCGUAUUCGCAUCUCCUUAUGACCAACGUCGGUAUGACGCUGUGAUCAAAGCCUGUGCCUUGGAGCGUGAUUUGGCGAUACUCGAUGCAGGCGACCAGACCCUUGUGGGAGAGAAGGGAAUCAGUCUGUCUGGAGGUCAAAAACAAAGAAUAUCUCUUGCUCGCGCAGUGUACAGCAGAGCGCGGCACUUACUUUUGGAUGAUUGUCUGAGCGCCGUUGACUCGCAUACAGCGAAACACAUCUUCAGACAGGCUUUGACGGGCCCUUUGAUGCUGGACCGGUCAUGUAUCCUUGUGACGCACAACGUUGCGCUGACAGUCUCCCAGGCGGAUCAUGUCAUUGUGCUUGAUAAUGGUAAAAUCACCGCCCAAGGCCCUCCGGAUGAGGUGGCCGCGUCGGGUGCUCUAGGUGAUGAGCUUCUAAAAUCUCGACCGACUUCCAGGACUACGACACCACGCCCGUCUCGCAGGGCAUCAGAUAAUGGAGAUGAAGAUGAAGAAUCUCACGCGAACGGAGUUGCAACCAAUGGCUCUAAUGGAAAGGCCCAAGAAGGAAAAAGCUCCGACUUGAAGCUGCAGGAGUCCAAAGCGACGGGCAGCAUCAAACUUUCUACUGUUAAAAUGUACCUUCAGUCGAUGGGAUCCUGGCGCUACUGGAUCGUGGCUGUGACUGUAUUUUGCUUACAACAGCUCGGAUCCGUGUCGACUAACAUCUGGAUCAGACAGUGGGCCAAUUCCUACCAAACUGAGGAUGUUGGAGUAGAGGAUACUGGCAACUAUGCAGCCAUGGCGAACUUGAAGUUUCCGUCCUUCAAUGUUGGUAGCGUCCCUCGGACUUCUACGUUCAGUGCACCCCAGUUCGGCACGCGGUCGACAUCUUCUAACGAUGGCAACGUGAAUGUCUCGUACUAUCUCGGAGUCUAUGCUCUCCUGGGAUUUGGUUUCGUCGCAAUUUCACUAUUGAGGGAAGCUGUCUUGUUCUGGGGCUCUCUGCACGCGUCUUUUACCAUCCACAGACGUCUUCUGAAGGCCGUCAUGCAUGCUAAGUUCAAGUUCUUUGAUUCCACGCCUCUAGGUCAGUUGAUGAACCGGUUCUCCAAAGAUGUUGAAUCGGUUGACCAGGAAGUGGCACCUGUGGCUAUUGGUAUGCUCCACAGUUUGGCAUCGGUUGUGAUGAUUGUGAUCCUUAUAUCGAUUAUCACCCCCGGUUUCUUGAUCGCUGGAAUCUUCAUUCUUCUGGUUUACGUUGUCAUCGGGGCCGUCUACGUGAAAUCUUCUCGUGAUCUCAAGAGACUCGAGUCUGUUCAGCGGAGCCCGCUGUAUCAGCAAUUUGGCGAGACAUUGAAUGGUAUCGUGACCAUACGUGCCUACGGUGAUGGUCCGAGAUUUCUUGUGGACAACCAUCGUCGUAUUAACUCCUACAACCGACCCCACAUCUACCUUUGGGCUAGCAACCGCUGGCUUGCAUUGCGAGUCGAUGUCACAGGCGCUUUGGUUUCCUUCUUCACGGCAGUGUUUGUCCUCGCGAAUAUCGGAAAGAUCGAUGCCGGUGCUGCAGGUCUUUCGUUGACCUAUGCAGUCACGUUUACGGAGAAUGUCCUUUGGCUAGUCCGGCUGUACUCGGAGGUCCAACAGAACAUGAAUUCCGUCGAACGUGUCAAGGAGUAUCUUGAAGUCGAACAGGAGGCGGACGCAGUCAUUCCGGACUCCAGACCCCCGGCCAACUGGCCCAGUGGUGGCGCGGUCAACUUUGUUGGCUACAGUACUCGGUAUAGACCCGACCUGGAUCCCGUUCUCCGAAAUGUCUCCUUCGCCGUGCAGCCUGGAGAGAAGGUCGGAAUCGUGGGUCGUACUGGCGCUGGUAAGAGCUCUCUCGCUCUUGCGUUGUUCCGCGGUCUCGAAGCAGAAAAGGGCCGCAUCGUGAUCGAUGAUGUGGACAUCAGCUCAAUCGGCCUUCGUGACCUGCGUGAGUCGAUUACCAUUGUCCCUCAAGACCCUACUCUGUUCACCGGGACUAUCCGCUCCAACCUCGAUCCCUUUGACCUCUUCACCGACGAGCAGAUAUUCACGGCCCUGCGACGUGUGCAUUUGAUCGGCCUAGGAACCUCUGGUACAGCGACCCCGAUGACAACCAGCAGUACCCUGGCAGAACCUGCCGCCGGAACUCCCAACGGUGUCACCGGUAGCGCCAUCCUCGAGAACAAGAACAUUUUCCUCAACCUGGAUAGUGCGGUCUCGGAGUCUGGUUCCAACCUCUCCCAGGGUCAAAGACAGCUACUGUGCCUCGCACGGGCUCUACUCAAGAGCCCCAAGGUGCUGAUGAUGGACGAAGCUACAGCCUCCAUCGAUUACAACACCGACUCCAAAAUCCAGGAGACUCUCCGCGAGCUCCGCGAGAGCACGAUCAUCACCAUCGCGCACCGCCUGCAGACAAUUAUCGACUACGACAAGGUGCUGGUCCUCGAUCACGGCCGAGUCGUCGAAUUCGAUCAUCCUUGGAACCUGAUCAACCGCGACGACGGUAUUUUCCGAAGCAUGUGUGACAACAGCGGAAACAUGGAUGCCCUUCUGGAAGGAGCUAAGAAGGCCUGGGAACAGAAAAGUCAUGUUCAUGAGCCAUAGACCGCCUGCCUUUCCACCCACCCACCCGCCUUCUUGGAUUUGCAUACAUACCCUACCUAUACUAUUAACAUCUUGAUGCACUGACACUAAGGUCGAUCGCCUUCGACUUGUUUGUUUCAUGACAUCAUUUUUUUAUUUCUUUUUUUUGGGGUGGGGUCCAAAAGUCGUACAUACUGAAAGCAUUGCUACAUACAGUACUUCUUAUUGUUAUUGUCAUUGUUAUUGUAGACAUGGCGCUUGGGAUAAUUUUACUGUUACUUAUCAUUUGAUGGAU